UCACAUCCAAUCCAGCUGUGAACAUCAAUUAUAUAUUCUAACAAAAACACCCUUUCUAUAGUUUUUAAUAAAACCAACUUGUAUGUUUAUAGAUCUAUACUAAAUAAACAAAUCUCCAUUACUUUUUUUUUGUCAUCGUCUAGAUUACACACAUUUGUCAAACAAACAACCUUGCUUACUUUCUUUGUGUUUAUCAACUCAUCAUCAUCAUCAUCAUCAUCAUCUAGAUUAACUAUCUUAUGCAUCACUCAGAAUUGACCAAGUUAAAUAUUUUAUAGAGAUCGAAUAAAGUUCUAGAAAUGGAAAGUUCUAAGAACAAUAAAUUGGAGAAAAGAAGUUAUGAUGUAGUUAAUGAGGACCAACUUCAUCUUGCUCAUUCAAAGAAGCCAAAACUACCUGGUUUAGCCAGUGUGAUUGUAGAAGCUUUGAAGGUGGAUAGUUUGCAAAGACUAUGCUCAUCUUUGGAACCUCUACUCAGAAAAAUUGUCAGUGAGGAAGUGGAGCGUGCUUUGGCGAAAUUGGAUCAUGAUAAACUGGGUGAUAGGUCUUCGCCGCCGGGGGAAAAGAAUCUGCAGCUUCAUUUCAGAACAAGAAUGCCACCUCAUUUGUUCACAGGAGGGAAGGUUGAGGGAGAGCAAGGAGCAGUCAUCCAUGUUAUCUUGUUGGAUCCGAACACGGGCAACGUUGUUCAAGUUGGACCGGAAUCAGUUUCUAAGUUGAAUGUUGUUGUACUUGAAGGUGAUUUUAAUGAGGAGGUUGAUGAUGAUUGGACAAAGGAUCACUUUGAAAGCCAUCAAGUAAAGGAACGGGACGGGAAGAGACCAAUUCUAACCGGUGAUUUGCAAGUUAGUCUAAAGGAAGGUGUAGGAACAUUAGGCGAACUUUCUUUCACGGACAAUUCUAGCUGGAUUAGAAGCAGAAAAUUUAGGCUUGGUGUUAAGGUGGCUCCUGGGUAUUGUGAUGAGAUUCGGGUGCGCGAGGGUAAGACCGAAGCCUUUGCUGUUAAAGAUCAUAGAGGAGAAUUGUACAAGAAACACUAUCCACCUGCUUUGCACGAUGAAGUUUGGAGAUUGGAUCGGAUAGCAAAGGACGGUGCACUUCAUAAAAAAUUGAUUCAAUCAAGAAUAGUAACUGUAGAAGAUUUCCUGCGUCUUCUUGUUCGUGAGCCGCAGAAACUAAGAAGUAUACUUGGUAGUGGGAUGUCGAACAGAAUGUGGGAGAACACUGUGGAGCAUGCGAAGACAUGUGUUUUGGGUACUAAGCUUUUUGUUUACUACACUGAUGAAACCAAUAGCACUGGCAUUAUGUUCAACAACAUAUAUGAGCUAAGAGGCCUCAUUGCAGAUGGUCACUUCUUCUCUUUAGAAUCUCUCACUCCAAAUCAGAAGAUGUCUGUGGAUUCCUUGGUGAAAAAAGCAUAUGAUAAUUGGGACCAAGUGAUAGAAUAUGAUGGAAAAGUUUUAAAUUCUUUGACUAAUUCCAAAAGGGGAUCAAAAUCCGCUGACACUCAUAAAAUGCAUCACAACAAUUUCCAAGACCAGCAGUAUGCAUCUGCAAAGGGCAGGUCGUUGUACGUCUCGUCUGUACCGAAUCAACAUUUGCAAAUAACGAACAACUACUUAUCCAGUCCUGAUUAUCAGAUGGUAGGGACAUCUGUAAACGAUUCACAAAUAGCAUUACCAGGAGCCAUGAAUUACAACAUGACAGGUCCUGAAAACGGAGGCACUUAUUAUCAUGGAGACUGGUCUAGGCAGAGAAAUGGACAAGGGUUGGAAGACAUAGUCGCGGAAGAGCUUCGUCUUAGGAGUUCACAGAUGUUGGAGAGUGAUGAUAUGCAGAGGUUACUUAAGACAAUUAAUGAAGGAGCUGAUUUUGGUCAUUCUAAUGAGAGUUGUUACAGUUACAGGCUUGAGUAUGAGCCUCCGUUCAGCGGCGAGGAUAAUGUCAAGUGCUCAGGGAAGGCUGUUGUUGGGUGGCUUAAGCUCAAAGCAGCUUUAAGGUGGGGAAUAUUUAUUAGAAAAAAAGCCGCGGAAAGACGAGCACAGCUUACUGAGUUGAACUGAGUUCUAAUGCUUGAAAUUGGAACAUUUUGAAAUCAUCUUUGUAUUUUCAUUUACUAAAUUUUUUUAUUUACUUAUAACAAGUUUGAUACAAUUUAUCUCAUAUAAAUUCAGAAAUGAUAAUAAAUGUGACAAACAGGUUGAAACUUGUUCCUGUUAA